AACCUUCGUACUGUUUAAAUAUUGUAGAAAUGGAAAGAAGACCAUAGCCACAACUCACCUACCGUCACGCAUUCCCUUGUCUGUAUGCUAGCAUGUUCUGACUGGUUGACCAUCAUCAUUAACACCAAUCUAUCCCAUCCACCUUCUCCAAGUUUCCUUCUCAAAGCUUUACAACAAACUAUUUUCUCUUCCAAAAUGAGCUGGUGGUGGGCUGGAGCUAUUGGUGCUGCUAAGAAAAAAUUCGAAGAAGAUGAUGCACCACCCAAGUAUGAAAGUGUUGCUCUAAUCAUCGGAGUCACCGGCAUUGUCGGCAAUAGCCUCGCCGAGAUCCUCCCUCUCGCUGACACCCCCGGCGGUCCAUGGAAGGUCUACGGCGUUGCCCGACGCCCUAGACCGUCCUGGAACGCCGAUCACCCAAUUGAGUAUGUCCAAUGUGACAUAUCAAAACCGGAAGAUACCCAAUCUAAACUAUCCCUUCUCACUGAUGUAACCCACGUUUUCUAUGUGACUUGGGCCAAUGGAUCCACAGAGGUUGAAAAUUGUGAAAUCAAUGGAAAAAUGUUUACGAAUGUUCUUAAUGUUAUUAUCCCCAAUUGCCCUAACUUGCGACACAUCUGUUUGCAAACGGGUCGAAAACAUUAUUUGGGUCCGUUUGAAUUGUAUGGAAAAGUAGCCCAUGAUUCUCCAUUUCACGAGGAUUUACCAAGAUUAGAUGCACCCAAUUUCUAUUAUGUUCUUGAGGAUAUUUUGUUUAAGCAAGUGGAGAAGAAGGAAGGAUUGACAUGGUCAGUUCAUCGCCCGGGGACGAUAUUUGGGUUUUCCCCUUACAGUUUGAUGAACAUUGUUGGAACCCUUUGUGUUUACGCAGCUAUUUGUAAACAUGAAGGGUUGCCAUUGAAGUUUCCGGGUGUUAAAGCAGUGUGGGAUGGAUACUCGAAUUGCUCUGAUGCGGAUUUGAUUGCUGAACAUCAGAUAUGGGCUGCAGUGGAUCCAUAUGCCAAGAAUGAAGCAUUUAAUGUGAGCAACGGGGAUGUUUUCAAGUGGAAGCAUUUCUGGAAAGUUUUGGCUGAGCAAUUUGGAGUGGAAGCUGCGGAGUUUGAUGAAGGUAAGAGAUGCACAUUGGCAGAGAUAAUGAAAGACAAAGGCGCAAUUUGGGAUGAGAUUGUGAAGGAGAAUGGAUUGGUGCCAACUAAAUUGGAGGAGGUUGGAGUUUGGUGGUUUGUUGAUCUUAUGCUUGCUGGAGAUUGCCAUUUGGAUACUAUGAACAAGAGCAAGGAGCACGGUUUCUUGGGAUUCCGCAACUCACAAAAAGCCUUCAUUUCCUGGAUUGAUAAGGUGAAAGCCUACAAAGUUGUUCCUUAGUUUCAUAUCCGUUCUUAUUUUUACUGUGUGAUAUAAUGUGUGAGUUUGUUUCCUAUCUAUUAUGUUGUUUAAUAAAAAGUAAUAAUAGCAAAAUGAAGCUAUUCCUAGCUUGAAACGAUGUGCACUUUUGGUUUGUUUGCUGUAAUUAUCCAUUUGUUAUUGGUACCACUAUUGUUUUCUUGUUUCA